AUGGUUAACCAAUAUUCUAUAUUAAAAAUUUCCAAGUGGACCUAUGAAAAUCUGAACUCGGACCCACUCUCCCCCCUUCUAGAUACAGGGCAGGUGUCACCAUACCUACAGCCUCAGUCCUGUCCUUCCUACCCAAUGGGACAGGACCCAGGCAUUUCUUUAAAUCUCAGAGGUGGCAGUAAACUUUCCAGUGUUGCUGUUAGCAAGUGUGUUGCCAGUAGAUACCCAUGUGUACUAAUGUGCCAACAAGUAAAAGUUAAUUGCACAUCUGCUUCCACUGUGUCCCCACGGGUGCCAUUUAGUGUGUGA